CUGGUGUAGGGGGCAGGGACGGCUGCUCCAGUAAUCCCUGGGCCCGCCCCGGCCUCCAACAUGGCGGCUGAGGGUUGGGACUGCUUCCAGGGUCUGUGCUCCCACAAAGAUGGGCUUUGUGGGAGCCUCUGGGGGGCUGAUGGACACCUUCAGCACCAAGAGCCUGGCUCUGCAGGCCCAGAAAAAGCUCCUGAGCAAAGUGGCGACCAAGGCGACAGUGGCUGUGUUCAUCGACGACACGAGCAGCGAGGUGCUAGACGAGCUGUACCGUGCCACCAAGGAGUUCACUCGCAGCCGCAAGGAGGCUCAGAAGGUGCUCAAGAACCUGGUCAAGGUGGCCGUGAAGCUGAGCAUCCUGCUCCGCAGUGGCCAGCUGGGCGGGGAGGAGCUGGCGCUCCUCCAGCGCUUCCGCCAGAGGGCGCGCUGCCUGGCCAUGACGGCCAUCAGUUUCCACCAGGUGGACUUCACCUUUGACAGACGUGUGCUGGCCACCGCCCUGCUCGAGUGCCGGGACUUGCUGCACCAGGCCGUGGGCCCACACCUGACCGCUAAGUCCCACGGCCGCAUCAACCAUGUCUUCAGCCACUUUGCCAACUGCGACUUCCUGGCCGCGCUCUACGGCCCAGCUGAGCCCUACUGCUCCCACCUGCGCCGCAUCUGUGACGGGCUCAUCAGGAUGCUGGACGAGGACAACAUAUGACCGCUGUCCACAGUUUUCCUGCUGGGGGUGGGGAUUCGUGAGGUUUUUUUUGUUUUAAAUGACCUCUUUUUACCCCUGGUGUGAUUCUAGCCAAACUCCCUGGACAGAUGACCGGUCCUCUUUCUGAAGAUGCUUAACCGUUCACAGCAGCAGCUUUCAGGACCCUCGUCACCUGACCCUGCUGGGAGAGGGGCUCAGCGUGGCAGCCGGCACAGUCCCCAGGCUGGCAGCCUACCCCGCACCUCGAGCCUGCUCGGGUCCCCUGUCCUGAGCGGCAACAACUGGAUGGUGCCCCUCAGACCACUGGGUGCUCUCUGAAAGCCGAUACUGCUCACUUCAUGUUGUAGCCUGGGCUUUUUAAUUCCUUCAGAAAGGACUCAUCCUGCCCUGGCUGGUGUGGCUCAGUUGCGGGUUUGAUUCCUGGUGCAGGCACAUACCAAGGUUGCAGGUUCAAUUUUCCGUCUGGGUGUGUACAGUCCCAUCCAGAUGCUUAGGAGAGGCAAUCAAUCGAUGUUUCUCUCUCACAUCGAUAUCUCUGUCUCCCCCUUUCUAAAAGCAAUGGGAAAAGUGUGAGUCAUACUGAACUGGGAGAAAGGAAGUGUUAUGGGGUGAGCAGGACUGCCCCCUCAUUCCUUUGUUGAAGUCCUGACCCUCUGUGACCCAGAUCUGGCAGUAGGGUCGUGGCUGACGUGACUGGUGAGAUGUGAUCACAGUGGAACACAGCAGGCCCCUGCCCAGCGUGACUGGGGCCCUUGCAAAUGGGAGAAAUGUGGACACAGGAGGAAUGUCAUGGGAAGAAAGAGGCAGAAAUCAGAGGGAUGUGCUACAAACCAGGGGACCCCAAGGAUCACCAGCAUCCCCGGCAGCUGGGACGGAGGCCGGGAACAGCCCUCAGAAGGAACCGGCCUGGCCAGCACCGAGAGGGAGCAAGGCUCUUGCUUCAGCCGCCUGGCCCAGGGAGCCAUGGGCAGGGUUGCGCUGGGUGCCGGUGUACCGGUGAGGACACCUUGAUGUGCCUGCACCCCCAGCUCUGACUCCCGAGUGGGCAGGGACUGAGUGCACCCCAUAUACAGGAUGCGAAGGUAAAGCCAUCUGAGGUGCGGGCAGUGUUUCCAACGAUCACGUCAUGUUUGGAAAACAGAUACACUGACACACACACUUUUCAGACCUCAGAAGGCAGAGCUCACCAAAUCGUGGCUUUGGGGACACCCAAAAGAUACAGUGAUUUUCCACUCGGGCCGUGGAUGGACAUGUAGGGUGUGGCAGGGUAUUUGCAGGUUUUGUCAGAAGGGGAGAAUGGGUGCAGAACAGGGCUGCGGGGCCGUUCGGGUCAGCUUUGGGAAGGGUUCUCCUGGGCGCCCAAGCAGGAGGAGGAAUGGUGUCCAGUGACUGUUUUACAGAACUGGAUCUGGUCCGUUCAGGGAGAGGGUUGCAAACAGGAGGCCUUAUUAGGCUAGAACUUGGGUUUGCUUGCCCCAUUCAAGGUUUGAGCCAAAUGGAAUCAGCUGACAACACUUAAAAGUGGAGAACUGCACAUACCAAUCUGGAUUUGGAAUUUCUCUCAACAACUCGGCUAAGCCUGCAUCGCCUGCUGGUGAAGCUGUAUAGAGGUUGCCCCUCUGCUUUGUCACAGUCCCCACCACUCCCUUUUGCCUCACCCUGGCCUGUUGCACUAGUUAAGAUUAUGACCUCAGAUUCAAGUUAGCCUUUCUGUGAGUUGGUUUCUGCUUCCCUGAAGAAGCCAAAGCCUUUUCGCCCGAGAGCCAGCAGUUCCUGCCUCCCACUCCACCAUUCUAAGGCCAGCCUUUCCCUCUUAUCUGUCCAGUCCGGAGGUAGCUCUUCAUAUUCAAGAGGGAAGGUGCAUUUUGAGUAUCCUGAGAAGCCCUAGAUGAUUUUUUUCCCCAGAUUUUAUUUAUUUACUUUUAAAGAGAGGGGAAGGGAGGGAGAAAGGGAGAGAAACAUCGAUUGGUUGCCUCUCACACACCGUCAACUGGGGACCUGCCCCACAACACAGGCCUGUGCCCUGACUGGGAUUCAGACCAGUGACCUUUAGGUUUCCAAGACACUGUCCAACCCACUGAGCCAAACCAGUCAGGGCCCAGAUGAAAUUCUUUGCCCUCGGUUCCGCUGACUGAGUUUAUCAACAUGCAUAAUAAUGCUUGUACUUGUUCCUUGCUGGGUUGUUCAUCUUGACUCUUCAUAAAUUUGGGAUUUAAUUUUGGAAAACCAAACAGCACUGCAGAAAAAUUUAAAUAAAAGCACAUGUCUUCCAUUGGCCGUA